CGCGCGGGGGGAGGGCGCUGGGCAGGAAGGGGAGGGGGAGCGAGCGCGAGAAAUGCAGAGGCUGCAGCGGCGGCGGCGGCGGCAGUAGCGGCAGCGGCGACGACGGCGGCGGCAGCGCUCCAACUGGCUCCUCGCUCCGGGCUCCGCCGUCGAGCCGGGAGAGAGCCUCCGCCAGAGGCCAGGCACCAGCCGGACGAGGCCAGCGACCCCGGCCCCUCGGCGGCACCGCGCUCACCCAGGGGCUGCACAGGCACCCAGAGCCGAACUCCAAGAUGGGCGGCAAGCUCAGCAAGAAGAAGAAGGGCUACAACGUGAACGACGAGAAGGCCAAGGACAAAGACAAGAAGGCCGAGGGCGCGGCGGCGGAGGAGGAGGGGACCCCGAAGGAGAGCGAGCCCCAGGCGGAGCCCGCCGAGGCCAAGGAGGCCAAGGAGAAGCCCGCCGCGGACGCCGAGGGCAAGGCGGAGGAGAAGGAGGGCGAGAAGGCGGCGGCCGCCAAGGAGGAGGCCCCGAAGGCGGAGCCGGAGGAGAAGGAGGGCGCGGCCGAGGCCAAGGCCGAGCCCCCGAAGGCGCCCGAGCAGGAGCAGGCGGCCCCCGGCCCCGCUGCGGGCGGCGAGGCCCCCAAAGCUGCCGAGGCCGAGAGCGCGGCCCCUGCCGCCGGGGAGGAGCCCGGCAAGGAGGAAGGGGAACCCAAAAAGACUGAGGCGCCCGCAGCUCCUGCCGCCCAGGAGACCAAAAGUGACGGGGCCCCAGCUUCAGACUCAAAACCCGGCAGCUCGGAGGCUGCCGCCUCUUCCAAGGAGACCCCCGCAGCCACGGAAGCGCCUAGUUCCACGCCCAAGGCCCCGGCGCCCGCAGCCCCCGCGGAGGAGCCCAAGCCCGCGGAGGCCCCGGCAGCUAAUUCCGAUCAAACCGUAGCGGUGAAAGAGUGACAAGGACAGCCUAUAGGAAAAAUACCACUUAAAACAAUCUACCCCCUCCCCCUCUCUCCCCCCCUUCUCUCCCCCUCCCUCCCCCUCC